AUGCCAUCGGAUAUUAUAAUCGACCCCAUGAGAACAUAUAGACAAAUACAGGCUGUAAAUGGGCCCUUGAUUGUGCUAAACAACAUAGAUUAUCUUAAAUACAGCGAAAUUGUAACUUUGAGACUACCAGAUCGAUCCAUCAGAAAGGGCCAGGUACUAGAAAUUGCAGGAAAAAAGGCCAUCAUCCAGAUAUUUGAAGGCACCUCUGGAGUAGAUGUAAAAGAAACAGAAGUUUCAUUUACCGGCGAUGUUUUUAAACUGGGCGUCUCAGAAGAUAUGCUGGGGAGAAUUUACAAUGGAAGCGCAAAACUAAUAGAUUCUGGACCAAGUGUUAUUCCUGAUGAGUACCUUGACAUACAAGGGCAACCAAUAAAUCCAUACUGUCGGGUAUAUCCUGAAGAAAUCAUCAAAACCGGAAUAUCGGCAAUAGAUGUAAUGAAUUCCAUAGCCAGAGGCCAGAAAAUUCCAAUAUUCAGUGGCUCAGGACUACCACACAAUGAUAUUGCAGCACAAAUUUGCAGACAGUCUAGCUUGGUAAAAAGAAAGGAUGUUUUGGAUACCUCUGAGGAAAAUUUUUGCAUUGUUUUUGCAGCAAUGGGCGUUAAUAUGGAAACCGCAAAAUUUUUUAAAAAUUCGUUUGAAGAAGAUGGCUCUAUCAACAGAACAGUUCUGUUUCUUAACACAGCCAGUGAUCCGACAAUCGAAAGAAUAAUUACACCACGGCUUGCUCUUACUGCAUCCGAGUAUCUGGCAUACGAGACCGAGAGGCAUGUGCUGACUAUUCUCACAGACAUGACUAGCUACGCUGAAGCACUUCGUGAGGUUAGUGCUGCUAGAGAGGAAGUUCCGGGGAGAAGAGGAUUUCCAGGAUAUAUGUACACUGAUCUGUCAACAAUCUAUGAAAGGGCCGGCAGGAUUCAGGGCAGAAAUGGAUCAAUAACUCAAAUACCUAUUUUAACAAUGCCUAACGACGACAUUACACAUCCAAUACCAGAUCUGACGGGAUACAUCACCGAAGGCCAAAUAUACGUUGAUAGGCAGCUUCAUAAUAAAGGAAUAUACCCACCUAUUAAUGUGCUUCCCUCUUUAAGUAGGUUAAUGAAAUGCGCUAUCGGAAAAAAUCGAACAAGGGAGGAUCAUGGCGAUGUUUCAAAUCAGCUAUAUGCCAAAUAUGCAAUAGGCAAGGAUUCUCUGUCGAUGAAAGCAGUGGUUGGGGAGGAUUCACUAUCGAAAGAAGAUAAAACUAGCAUUGAGUUUCUAAGUAGAUUUGAAAGAGAGUUUAUAAACCAAGGAAGAGACGAAGACAGAACAAUUGAAGAAAGCUUAGAUCUUGCCUGGGAUAUUUUGAGUAUCUUUCCACCAGAAAUGCUAAACAGAUUGCCAAAUGAGCUAAUCAAAGAAUACUAUGUCAAACGCAAUAACUAA